AAAACUAAGCCACAUCAGAACAUUGCUUCAAUUGUAGCGGAAAGUGUAUCGUUUUCUCCAUGAUGUUUCAUCUUCCCCACAUAUUUUUUUCAAUUUACUUCCUUCCGAUCUCUUUUAAAAGCAGGACUAAAUCGGUAGAGAGAAACCUGUGACUGUUCGGUGACCCUGCCAAAGUGUCUACUCUUAAGCUCCAUGGUCGCCACCAGUCCAUGGCAAUACCUCAAAUUCAUCUUCAUCGCUGCAGUAAUCGAAGGAGAUCGACGAAGGUUUCACGUUCUGAGUUGUUGGAUCAUGAUAUGCUUGCGACAGAUGAUGACGCCGUUAAGAGGAGAUUAAAAGAGAUGGAGGAAGAAGAUGCUACCCUGUGCGAGAUGCAAGCAAAAGUCGAAAAGGAAAUGGGAGUCGUUCAAGGUGGGAUUGAAGCGCUUAUCAUGAUGGUGUUGAAUUGUUGUCUCUUCACUCUGUUUCAUUUCGGAUCCUCAUGAUCUUCUCCAUCAAGCUUCAGGAUUUAAUAGAUGGAUACCUCUCAU